AUGGGAAUGCCUUGGGAUCUUGGCAGCGCCAAGACGUAUGUGUUGAUGGCACUGGCGGUGCUGUCGUUCUCGCACCUUGUGGUGUACAUAUUUGGCCAGCUCAUCCCCAACGUGGUACUCUCGUUCUUCCGGUUUGCCGGGGAGACUGUAAUCCUGGGCACCGUGCUGAUCUUUGCCUUCGUCUGGCUGCUAAGGGCGCGCCCCCACAACAGGCCAAAGGGCUACUUUGUGGUCACCUUUGACGUGUACGGCAACGAGUCGGAGAUCGACGGGAUAAGGACGGAGUUCAAGACAAGCGAUGUGGCAUGGAGUUUCAUGAAGCAGUACAAGAGGGCAUACCCGCUGUACAACUUUGCCCUGGUAGGCGAUAUUCCAAAGGCAGAGAAGCGAACCAUAUUCAGAUACAUCUAG